CCAAUGUGCGUCGAGCGCGCUGCACGCAUUCACUCAUAAAAACAUGGAAUAUAAACUAAAUUACACACGAAAAACGUUAUGAGACAUCAUUAAAUUAUAAUAAAAAAUAAAUAAAAACAACCAAUAUGUUCGCGUCUUUAUAACAGACAGUGCGUUCGAAAAACUUGUGCUGUGUACAAUGUUCAUUAUUUUUAUCGUUUUCUGAAGCCCGCUGAACUUUCGGUGACUUGCAAAGAUGCGCUGGAUUAUCCCUGUGCCAGUUCUGCUCAUGUCCUGGUUUGGCGUGGACCAAGUAAAAGCGAAUUCCUGCAUACGUACUGCGUUGUGGACUCUUACACUCACCCCCCUUAUUCAGGCCGAAUGCCAAACCCGAACCAUUUACUGCUAUGAGUGCGACAGUUGGACGGAUGCGCGUUGCAAGGACCCUUUCAACUACACGGCGCUGCCCCGUGACCAGCCUCCCUUGCAAACGUGUAAUGGCUGCUGCGUUAAGAUGGUUCGGUAUUCCAAAAGUCCGUACGAGGUCGUCCGCCGCACAUGCACUUCGCAGCUACAAAUCAAUCUGUUCAUGGUGGACCACGUUUGCAUGAUGGAAAGUACAGGCAAUGGCCACAUGUGUUUCUGUGAAGAAGACAUGUGCAACGCCGCGUCGGCUGUCACUAACGCGCUCGCAUUCACAGCACUGGUCUUGCUCGCAUGUGCAUGGAGCAGCUGAAGUAAGGGGCUGCUGGUCGAUCGACUCGAUAAAACGCGCUAUCGAUAUACGCGUUACAUCCCUUCCCUAUUGUGAUAUUGCUCGUAGUAUAGUCCGUGAUGACUUGCUUGCUUCGUUGGUAUUUCGCUGGACGGCAGCGUAAGCGCACAUUCAUGAAUUUAUGAUAUAAAAUUAAAUUCGUUUCCGAUGAUUAUUAUUUGUAAAAUAAUUAAUUUAAUAACAAUCGGAAAUUGAACGCGAUAAAAGUAAAAAAAUAAAGACAUCCAUCGACAAAUAGUUGAACAUUCACAACACUAGUUUACGAACAACCGUUACGCAAUAACGGUAUGCGGUAUCGGUAUCGAGUCGGUCGACAUCGGUGCAACCCUAGAUUUUAAUUAUUUCGUCCAAAGUAGUUGUAGUUAUGCGAUCGGUUUUCCUACAAUCGGACGUUCGACGAAAUUCGCAGUGAAUUAAUCGGCUUUACACGCUUUUAUUUGAACGGUACGUGGAAAACCGAUCGCUUUUUAAGACACUUCGCCGGCUUCGAAUAGAUAUUCAACGGAAUUAAAUCGAUCUAUUCAAAAUAACACGUGACUUUUAUACAUCAGUAUUAUUUGAGAUGCGUUAUUAAUAUUCUAGUAUAAAGUAACGCAUCUGCGUUACGUUACUUUACGUUACUUGUUUGAUGCAUGCAUCAAUCAGUCGUUAUGGCGCACCUCUUUGAACGUGUUUGAACGUGGGAACGGUACAAUAAUAGAACAGGCGAUAUGUUCAGGUUGUUCUUGUCCCACUGAGCCCCGUACGGGUUGCGUGCUCAUAGUUUAAACUUGACGCUUCAAGGCGUAAUUCGACAAUGGAUCUGCGAGUCGAAAUGUCGUGAUUUAAACUUGUGAUAUACUUACAAAUGCACGCCACACAAUUUAUAAACAAAAUACUCAUAGAUCUACAGGCUACAACAAACAUCUUCCAUAACGGUAUUUUCAAUAAAAGUUUCGGUAUGUAACUAUUAAUUAUUAUUUAGUGACGUGACGUUAUUGAAUUACGUUAUUCGGAUAUAUCGAUAAAAUAUCGGUAUUUUGAAGAGUGAAGAAGUAACUGUCAUUUAUAAUUGACCUCGAAAGACAGGUUACAUGUUAAAUUAUUUAAAUUGGCGUGUGUUUGUAGAUAUAUUGUUAUUAAAGUCGGCGUUGAUGAGAUACGUUCGUGUAAAAUAAUAUCGGUGGAUAGCGUUUAGUGACUAGUUAGAUUGAGAAUUUUCUAAAUUAACGCGUUUUAGAAUAGUUUGUCAAACGGUCUGUGAAAUAUGAAUACAUCUAGAAUGAACCCUGCGAAAAAUAAACAAAAAGUCCCUAUUUUUAUGCUAGAAUUUUCUGAUACAAAAGAGAUAAGUGUUAGUGUGGUAUCACACUAACACUUAUUGAUUUUGUAUAAUAAAUAAAUAAAUUUUUAUGUAUCUAACGCAUUGGGUUGUGUGGAAGAGAGCUUUUAGGACACAAUGCCACGCUCGGGAUUGGCCCUUUUAGAUUGGCCCUUUUAGCACAAAAAAGUAAUAUCAUAUAUUCUACAAUGGAUUACCACACGUUCCUGCAUAGUUCAUUUAUUCGAUAUCUUCUUAUUACAGUACAUAAUACUAUUAUGUGAUUAAUUUCGCAGACGUUUGACAAAGCUUUUAAUCGGUCGCAUAGUGAUGGGACUGAUUUAUCGAUAAAUCGAAAUUCGCGCUCUCAUUUGGUCCAAUUUUAGACCAAUGGUAUUUGCUCAUAGACGCACUUCAAAUAGACAAAGUUUUGGAGCAAUAUCAACGUUAACACGAUUAUAAAUGAACAGAGUUGUCUGUUUGUUUGUUUCCGUGUUGCUGCAAAACGCAAAGCACUAUUUAGAUAGAAAUUAAAUGAAAAGAGGAGAACUAGCGAGAACUGCCGAUACGUAGAAUGAUAUAUCGAUAUGAUAUAAUAUUAUUAUGAUAUUAUAUAUAGAAGUUAGGUCUCCAGUGACGUGAUAUUGUAGAAAUUUUAAAUUUCUAUCGUUACGACGUGAUCGUGGUUUGCGAUGUUUUAUUUGUAUUGUGUUGGAAAUUGCAUUUUGUCAUUAUCCUAUACGUGCUCUAUACAAUUUUCAAAAAACAUGUUUUAAUACCUACGAGGGCUACAAAUAUAUCAAACAGAAUAAACUAGUAUUGUGUUACCGAUUUGCAUUGAGCAUUGUUUGUUUAAUUACUUAUCUACUACAUUUAUAUAAAUUACGUGUAAAAUGAUUUUACAUAUGAUCUCCUAAACUACUCAACUGAAUUUAUUCAAAUUUAUACACCAUGUGCAGACUGAUCCAGCUUAAAAGGUGGGAUUGUUUAAAUUAAUACAAUUACAAUAAAUGACUACCCGGAUGGAGCCCUGGGGUGCAUUAAAAAAUAAAAGCCAUAAGCCAUAAAAUAUAUAAACCUGUCUGAAACUGUUCACGACAUUAGUCUCCACCCCUACAAUAUUCUCAAUGAGGAUGUGAAAAAUGUGAA